AAAACAUUUGGGAAGAAUACAAACUUACUAUGAUGUUUAAGAGAGGUGGUGGUUGUGGUAGUGGUGGUGUGAGCAUUUCAAUGUUGCCAAGUUCUACCAUGUUGGUUGGGUUGUGCCGACCUCGGCGACGGCUCCGGCGACGGCGCGGCAGCAGCAUUCGGCUAGGGAACAAGAGAAGAGGGUUCUGCCUUGGAUCACGUCCUGUGGUACAAUGGGGUGUCAUGGCUCCUCUUAGGAUGUUGAAGAAGAUCAUCAUGGAAAUAACACCAAAGGGUCAUUGGAUAGAGGCUUAUUGUUGGUCUUUACCUCUUCUACGUCCACAACUGUUUCCUCUUUGUUAACCAAAAAACAAGUAAUGGAUUUCAUCUCCUAUCUUUUCUUUUCUUCAAAAUGUGAAAAGUGAAAGUGUAAAACUCAAAGCGUGUACUCAACUUGGAGGAAGAAUCUAAUAUACAUUCUCCUUUGUGAAGCUUCGUGUAAAAUGUCAAAAGGCUAAAGUUCUGUUCAGUGUAA